CGACAACAACAACCACCGAGAAGAGAAAAGCAACUAAAAUACUAAAUAUUAAUAUUAAUAAAGCUCUCGCUCCCCAUAUAUUGCUACAGAAUCCCUUUGGCUCCUCAUCCGACGAUCCUCGUUUGUUGUUGGUAAGACCAAGAACUAAUCUUAGCCGUUGGAUCUACGUUUAAGGGCUACAUUUGCACGCUUCCACUUUCCCUCUUUCUCCCGACGCUCGCCCUCGCCCUCGUCGUCUACUCCACACUCCAACCGAGCUCUGUGUCUGUCUCUGGAAAACCGCUUUUCCUACCUAAAAGCGGUUUUCCGAUUCUCCCAGAUCGGUUCCACCGGUUUUGAUCCACGUUCUUUUAGGGUGAUUUGGGUUUUGGAGAGCUGCUAAUGGCUGGCGAGAAGAAAAUUGAAAAAACUGAACCUGUUGCAACAGUACAAAAGUCUGAUCCCAUAAAUGGUUUGGGUGACCAAACAUUGGCGUCUCUAAAGGAUGGAAUACCAUCUGAUUUGACCUCCUCCAUAUCAUCCUCGGGAGAUGUCACCUCUAUCAUCAAAGGUGAGACUGAUCAGGAGUCAGUUGGAGAGCAUGGUGUUCAAAAUCCACCAACUAGCUGUUACAAUUAUUAUUACCCAGGAUAUAAUGGAUCUUUUACACAAAUGGAUGAUCAUGGUUAUUUUCAUCCUAAUGGUUCCCAUACAGGUAUGCAAUCAGAAAAUGGAUCGCUGGUCUAUUACCUCCCUGGUUAUAACCCAUAUGCUUCCGGGACUAUUAUGGGAGUUGAUGGACAAAAUGUUGGUCAACAACAAUAUUUUUCUUCCUCAGGAUAUCUACAACAACCUGUAUCUUAUGGUUCAGAAGCUGUUCCUUGCUAUUCAUGGGACACAACAUUUGUUAGAGAUGUUCCAAAUGGAACAAAUGUUGGUCUUGGAAAUGCAAAGAGUGGUCCAGGUUCUACUGGUUUAGCAAGGUCAAAUGGCUUUAACUCUAUGAAAACUAAUGGCAAUGCUACUAGCAAAUUCUCUAAGUCUCUUCCUUAUACACAACCUAUCAAACCAUUAAACAAGGUGCCUCAUUUGGGUUCAGAUUUCUCAGCUGGUCUUUUGAAGGGAUACCCCCCAGUUGGGAGGUUUUCAUCGUUUGCUAAUCAGAAACAAGCUUUGUUGCCCUUCAAUGGUCCUACUACCUACAAGCCAAAUGGGAGAAUAUGGACUGCAAACGAUGGAUUUAAGUCAAAGCAUAAAAAUAACAGGAAUGGAGAUUUUGAAGCCUCAACUGAAUUGACCCGUGGGCCAAGGUCCAGUAACAAGAGUAGUUCUUCAGAUUCUUCAGUUGAGAAAGAAGAACUGGGAUUUACAACCCGUAGAGAUCGAUGUAACCUACCUGAAUUUCAAACUGAUUAUGAAUGUGCAAAAUUUUAUGUCAUCAAGUCCUACAGUGAAGAUGACAUUCAUAAAUCCAUUAAGUAUGAUGUUUGGGCUAGUACGCCAAAUGGAAAUAAAAAACUAGAUGCAGCAUUCCAUGAUGCGGAAAUGAAAACGAAUGAAACAGGCACACAAUGCCCAAUAUUCCUCUUCUUCUCGGUAAAUGGAAGUGGACAAUUUGUUGGUUUAGCUGAGAUGAUUGGGCGGGUAGAUUUUAAUAAGAACAUGGGUUUCUGGCAAGUUGACAAGUGGAAUGGGUUCUUCCCAGUAAAAUGGCAUAUAAUAAAAGACAUACCCAACACUCAGUUGCGGCACAUUAUCCUUGAAUCCAAUGAUAAUAGGCCUGUCACUUUUAGCCGUGAUACCCAAGAGAUUGGAUUAAAUCAGGGUUUGGAAAUGUUGAAUAUAUUUAAGAGCUACACAGCAAAAAUGUCAUUGUUAGAUGAUUUCUGUUUCUAUGAUAAUCGAGAAAAGUUGCUUCAUGCCAAAAGAAGCAAUAAACCUGCGACUUUACAAAUGGAGAUUUACAACAAUGGUGAUUUUGCUAAGCAUGUAAAAGCAGUGGAAAGGAAGGUUGAAGUUGAAUCUGCUGGGACCAAGAGAAGCGAUCCUACAGCUCUUAUCAAUCUCACCAAAAAUCUCUCCCUCAGUGGCGCUGGCCCAUGAAUAGCAGAGAUUAGUCAUUAUGUUUCUUAUAUUUGUGUCCCUAGGCAUUAAAUAGUUUAAUGGCAACACACUAUAGGUGCAGAGAUUUAUUCUUUUCCUUGUCUCUUUCAAUCUUUAUUUCAUUUGAUCAUGUUCUAUUCCGAGUUUGUUUUCCUUUUAUAUAUAUAUAUAUAUAUAUAUUUUUUUUUAAGUUGGUUUUUCAGGGUUUAGUUUUGUAGGUUAUUUGUCGGUGAAACAAUUAAGUUGUCGGUUGGAAUUUCAAUGUGUUUCCAUUUGGAGUUUGAUUUCAAUAAAUAUUAGUUUCUCUCGUGUGGGGAUUGAAUGACA